CAUAGCCAUCUAAAAAUUCCGCCCCGCAUGAUUUCUGAUUAAUCCCCGAUUUUCUCUUUAGGCGCUAGGCCCAACCCGACCGCCCGACUAGCGCCUAGCGCUUUCCCGAACAGGGCUAAAAACUAUAGAAAAUAAAAUAUGCAAGACUUAAACAAAUUCACUAACGUGCUUAGGUGUCGUUAUGAAUUGGAAACGUACCUUAAACACAUCAAGUUUUCUCAAGUCUUUGUCCUAAAAGCGCUUUCUUCAAUACACCAAAAGAAUGGCAUGUCUCUGCAUCAAUUUUAAGAAGAAGCUCAAGAAACCAAUACCAGUCAGCAAUGGCCAAGAAAACACCGAGUUCCAGAGCGGAGAAGCAACUCAAAAACAACCCCUUCGUCAAAGACAAACUGCUCCUAGAGCCAAUAUCCAGAUCGUGGUGCAGCCUCAUAAACUCCCACUUCCAGUCUCGAUUCCUCAGCCUCAAGAACAACAAAAGCUAAUGCACCAACCAGAACCGAUCUUAGGAAAACCAUUUGAAGACGUUAAGGAGACGUACAGUCUUGGUCGCGAAUUGGGUCGUGGCCAAUUCGGUAUAACGUAUAUAUGUACAGAGAUCUCAUCAGGCAAGAACUUCGCUUGUAAAUCCAUCUUAAAGAGAAAACUCAUCAGAACUCAGGACAGAGAAGAUGUAAGAAGGGAGAUACAGAUAAUGCAGUAUUUAUCAGGGCAACCAAAUAUUGUGGAGAUCAAAGGAGCUUAUGAAGACAGACAAAGUGUGCAUCUUGUUAUGGAGCUUUGUGAAGGCGGUGAGCUCUUUGACAAGAUUAGUAAAAGAGGACAUUACUCAGAGAAAGCAGCCGCAGAGAUCAUCAGAUGUGUGGUUAAAGUUGUAGAUAUUUGCCAUUUCAUGGGUGUGAUUCAUCGCGAUCUUAAACCCGAAAACUUCUUGUUAUCUGGUAAAGAUGAAGCUUCUGCAAUGCUUAAGGCUACCGAUUUUGGUGUUUCGGUGUUCAUCGAAGAAGGGAAAGUGUACAAAGACAUUGUAGGAAGUGCAUAUUAUGUUGCACCAGAGGUUCUGAAGAGAAACUAUGGCAAAGAAAUAGAUAUUUGGAGCGCUGGAGUUAUUCUCUACAUACUUCUCUGUGGAACUCCUCCAUUUUGGGCCGAGACUGAUAAGGGGAUAUUUGAGGAGAUCUUGAGAGGAGAGAUUGAUUUUGAGUCAAAACCGUGGCCGUCAAUCUCUGAGGGUGCUAAAGAUUUGGUGAUGAACAUGUUAAAGAGUGAUCCCAAGAGUCGGUAUACUGCUGCUCAAGUCCUAGAACAUCCUUGGAUACGAGAAGGUGGAGUAGCUUCCGAUAAACCGAUUGAUAGUGCCGUUUUGUCGCGGAUGAAGCAACUUCGAGCUAUGAACAAGCUUAAGAAGCUUGCAUUGAAAUUUAUCGCGCAAAAUCUCAAAGAAGAGGAACUAAAGGGUCUCAAGACGAUGUUUGCAAACAUGGACACCGAUAAGAGCGGUACAAUCACGUACGAUGAAUUGAAAAACGGACUAGAAAAACUGGGUUCGAGGUUAACUGAAACCGAAGUUAAGCAGAUUUUGGAAGAUGCUGAUGUCGAUGGGAAUGGUACGAUUGAUUACAUUGAGUUCAUCUCAGCUACAAUGAACUGGUACAGAGUUGAAAGAGAGGAGGAUCUGUUUAAAGCUUUUCAACACUUCGAUAAAGAUAAUAGUGGAUUUAUUACAAGACAAGAAUUAGAAAUGGCUAUGAAGGAAUAUAAUAUGGGAGAUGAUGCCAUGAUCAAGGAGAUUAUCUCUGAUGUUGAUGCGGAUAAUGAUGGAAGUAUCAACUAUCAAGAGUUUUGCAAUAUGAUGAAGAGCUGCUCACAAUCACAUCGGAAGAAAUUGGUUCAAUAAAUUUGAAGACCAAAGACUCGCAAUUUUUCUUUGUUUUGCAUUUCAUUUUAGUGCAUGUAUUUCCAAAAUGUAAUGCCAAGGUUCCAAUGUCACAUUCUCCAACGAUCCUUAAUCCAACAAACUCAUAUUAAACUUAUCUAAGGCCCACAUAAGGUUCAUGAAAAGCCCAAUACACUUAUUUAGGGUUUACACCCUCUCAAAUAUUGUUGUUUUCUUGGCAAUUUUUGUUGAAUUUGAUUUAUGUGAGUUAUACUCGAUGUGUUGAUUUGAAGAAGUUUUGAGAUUGAUCAUCGAAAUCUGCCUGAUUCGUUUUCUUAUGUUCUCUUUGAUACUCCAUGGAAAAAUGUCUCUGGAACUGCAGAAAUGACUUAACUUUAGAGUUUCAAACUGUAUAUGCGUUUUCCAAUUCCUUCUCCUCUGCAAGUGCUGCUGCUAAUGUUCGCAAAGGUAAUAACUUUACGGUCUCUAAUCACUUGGUUUUACUACAAAAAUCGCUGUAGAUGGUGAUGAAGAAGAUUGAGUUUCUGGUGAAUGAUAUUAAUUGCACAGUAAAGGUUGUAGUCUCGAAUCCUUCAGUACUUGAUUACAGUUUGGAGGAGAGGACUAUUCUAAGGUGUAAAUUAAUCAAAGAUAUCAUGUCCAAAGGGUUGCUUGGAACUGAACUCCCUUCAACAAAGACGGUCUUGGACAAAGCAUCAUGAAACAUUCUCCUAUAACUUACAAAUUUUUUGAAAACAAUUACAUUGACGAAUUUUUUACAUCUAGAGACACUUUCUCACAUUCAAAUUACACUACAAGACACUUAUCACUUGAGACACACUUUCUUUUGUCAAAAAUACUCUUAUAACCCUAAAAUAAAGAGAAUCUCUCUCCUCUUCUUAUUUCAUUUUAUUAUUUUUCUGAUUAUACUUUAUGUAUUUAUUUACUUUUAUCUCAAGUUCUAAAAUAUAUUAAACAAAAAUAAUUGUCAUAAUAAACUAUAUAUAAAAUUAUCUAUCUUUUAAGAUCCAUGUUCAUAUAUAUAUUAUAUAUAUUAAUGUGUAAACAAAAUGUGGACGUAGACACCAAAGCGUGGAUAACAGAAUUAUAAAUUAGUUGUGGACAUGAACAUCUUAACAGAAUUAUAAACUAGUUGUGGAAAUGAACAAUAUUCCUUCGAUUCCAUUCAUCAUCUUGUAAUCUAAAUUCAACUAUAAUCAAAAUUACAUCCAUCCACAUCAUGACAAAGCGCAAAUUCCUUAGAUCAGAAAUCUAUGACAUGCAAGAUCUAUUACUCUCUGACAAAAGGUAAACGCUUCUUCGAUUUUUCUCUCCGCGCAUACUCACAAUAUCAUCUCUUUUUCAUUUUGAUUGAAGUUUAAUUGCAGAUAAUUUAUCAAUUGAGCUGAAGAAGCCAACUGUUUGUAUUGAAGAUAAUAGAGUCCUUGUCCAUGUUUUAUGGUAUAAUUUUAGUAACAUGAGUCCAUGUCCACGUAUUGUUGUAUAGUUUUAUGGAAUCAAAACAGAAAGUUUGUCCACGUUAUCUAUUAUAAACACAUUAACAUCACUCAUCCACACAUCACCCGUUAACAAAUCACCCAACCACGCAUCACUCGUCCACAAAUCACCCAUCCACAAGUGUCAUUUCCAUUAAGGGCAAAAUUGUCCACAAUCUGUUGCUGGCCCACAACAAAGUGUGCCACAUGUAAGAAGUGUCUCUAUAUGUAAUAGAAAGUAAAAAAGUGUCUCUUAAUGUAAUCAACUCUACAUUGACAUAGGACUCCAAAUUUGCAAAAAAAAAAAAAAAAUUAUUAAAACAUUUACUAAACAGCUUACAGCCCCCAAAAUUUCAAGUGUGUACCAAUGAGAUGUUUUCAGAAAGGCUAGCUGCACCAGAAAUCGUGUUUCCUAGAUAAAAAGGAUUGUCAAGUAUUUAGCUUUUAUUUAUGAAUAACUUGAAACUUGGACUUAAGUUAUUGGUGCGUGAGUUGAUGAUCGCCCUUCACCAAAUAUUGUGUUUCAUAGAUCAUAAGGCUUGCCAAGAUAUCUGAUGCCUUAAUUUAGAGGCAAUAUACGAAAUGUACAUUCUGAUUCUAAGCUUUAAUAGUGAUCUCAACCUGAUUUGUAUCCAACUUAUAAAACAACAUAAAAGCUGUAAUUCUGAAUCCAUUUUCCGAGU